CGUGUCCUGCCGGCUAUCCUUCAGCUGCCUGGUCUGUAUCCGGGGAAUAUGGCGGCGACGGCUGCAGCCAGAGUCUGGUGGCGCGGACUGGUGGGAGCCGCGGCUCUGGCCAGGGGGGCUGGGCGACCCUCGGUACUGUUGCUGCCGGUGAGGAGGGAGAGCGCCGCGGCUGACACGCGCCCCACUGUCAGACCACGGAAUGAUGUGGCCCACAAUCAGCUCUCAGCUUUUGGAGAGUAUGUGGCUGAAAUCCUGCCCAAGUAUGUCCAACAAGUUCAGGUAUCCUGCUUCAAUGAGUUAGAGAUCUGUAUCCAUCCCGAUGGAGUCAUCCCAGUGCUGACAUUCCUCAGAGAUCACACCAAUGCACAAUUCAAAUCCUUGGCUGACUUGACAGCAGUGGACAUCCCAACCCGGCAGAACCGUUUUGAGAUUGUUUACAACCUGCUGUCUCUGCGCUUCAACUCACGGAUCCGUGUGAAGACCUAUACAGAUGAGCUGACGCCCAUUGAGUCCACUGUCCCUGUGUACAAGGCAGCCAACUGGUAUGAGAGGGAGAUCUGGGACAUGUUUGGAGUCUUCUUUGCUAACCACCCUGACCUAAGAAGGAUCUUGACAGAUUAUGGCUUCGAGGGACAUCCUUUCCGGAAAGACUUCCCCCUUUCUGGCUAUGUUGAGUUACGCUAUGAUGAUGAGGUGAAGCGAGUGGUGGCAGAGCCAGUGGAGUUGGCCCAAGAGUUCCGCAAAUUUGACCUGAACAGCCCUUGGGAGGCUUUCCCUGCCUAUCGCCAGCCCCCUGAAAGUCUCAAGCUUGAAGCCGGAGACAAGCCGCCUGAAGCCAAGAAGCCUGAAGUCAAGUAGUCCAGGGAAAGCAUGUGGAUCCUAGAAAGCGCCUUAUCUAUAAUUGAGUGUCUGUGUAAAUAAAUUCUUACUUAGACUCACCA